AUGACCCCAUUACUCGAUCAGACGUCUGAACAUUGGCUAAUUCCGGUUGUCAAGGCUACUCCUAAAGUGUGCAAACAACGCAAUUUUAAAGUGGGCAGCCGAAUAGUGGCGUGUUCGUCAAAUUUCUGCUUGAUUGGAGCUUUGGCGACUGUUCGGCCUCAGUCUGGCGCCGCGGGUUCCCCGAAGUCUGUGCCGUCUCGAGGCGUCUACCGAAAACUUGCGUCUACACUGGCCACAGCAACCUCUGACGAGGGUGGGUUUUUCACUCGAUUUGGCGCAAUUUCCCACCAUCCCGUCCGUCUGUUCACCUCCGUCAGUGCUACGGUGGCCAGGACGCAGGCCACUUCGGAGUGGGAUGACGUGAGACGCGAGAGCACGAUGGCCUGUCCAAAAUCCACACUCCAGACAAAGUUGGAGGCUGUUUUUCACACUGUGAUUCACACUCCGACGAAUGCAUAA